CGGGAGGGAGCGGGAGCGGCGGGGCGCAGCAUCCCGGGCCGCAGCGGGGAUGCGCCGCGGAUCCCGGCCAGGAGGUGCAGUUCAGCUGAGACUGACUUCCUCUUCGGCUGUUCAUAAACUGUGAAACAGAAGGAUGCAGAAGACUCUCCGCUGCCUUUUUGUUCAUGAGUGAUAAGAGCACAAGAUCAUUAAUUCAAGUUUACUGCAAAGAUGAGUUCAGAGGAGAAGAGUGUAUCUCCAGCUCACAAAACAUCCACUCCAUCACAUAGAAGUGCCUCCUCCUCCUCAUCAUCUCAGAGAGACAGGAGGCAGAGUGUUCAUAUUUUGGAGCGAAAGGCUUCUUCAGGAAGCACAGACCCUUCUUUAAGCAAGCAGUUCCUUGAAAGUGAUCAUCUCUCUCUAUCCAAGGAACCUGACAGUUGGGAAAUCAUAGAGGGUCUGAAAAUAGGCCAGACCAAUGUCCAGAAGCCAGACAAACACGAAGGUUUCAUGCUGAAAAAGAGAAAAUGGCCGUUAAAAGGUUGGCACAAGAGGUUUUUUGUCCUGGAUAAUGGAAUGUUGAAAUAUUCAAAAUCACCAAUUGAUAUACAGAAAGGAAAGGUCCAUGGGAGCAUUGAUGUUGGUUUAUCAGUCAUGUCUAUUAAAAAAAAGGCUCGUAGAAUAGAUCUUGACACAGAAGAACACAUAUAUCACCUAAAGGUGAAGUCACAGGAUUCAUUUGAUGCAUGGGUUUCAAAGUUACGGCACCACCGGUUGUACCGUCAGAAUGAGAUUGUGAGAUCUCCCAGGGAUGCCAGCUUCCAUAUUUUCCCCUCAGCAUCGACUACAGAGUCUUCUCCAGCUGCCAAUGUGUCGGAUGGAAAGGUGCAACAAAAUAACUUCCCCUGGCAGCCUCCUAUACCUUGCAGUAACAGCCUUCCUGUCACCUGCACUACUGGCCAGAGUAAAGUAGCAGCCUGGUUGCAGGACUCUGAAGAGAUGGACAGAUGUGCAGAAGAUCUUGCUCAUUGUCAGUCUAACCUUGUGGAACUCAGUAAACUUCUUCAAAAUUUAGAAAUACUACAGAGAACCCAGUCAGCACCAAAUUUCACAGACAUGCAGGCUAACUGUGUAGAUAUUUCAAAGAAAGACAAGCGAGUCACGAGACGAUGGAGAACAAAAAGUGUCAGCAAAGAUGCAAAAAUUCAACUUCAGGAAGGGCCGGCACCGAAGGGCCAGUUCAGCUCAACACGACGCCGGCAGAGACUGGCAGCUGCAGUGGCUACAACAGUCCCUUUCAGUGCUACGAUGUCACCCGUUCGAUUGCAUUCAUCCAACCCCAACCUUUGUGCUGACAUUGAGUUUCAGGCUCCCCCAAGCCAUGUGACAGACCCUCUGGAGUGCUCUACUGAGUACAUGAAGCUUCAAGAAGAAUUCUGCUUGAUGGCACAAAAAGUGCAUUCUCUUUUGAAGUCUGCCUUUAACAGCAUAGCUAUAGAGAAGGAGAAGCUUAAGCAGAUUGUUUCAGAGCAGGAUCUUACAGGCCACAAUGCUCAAAUAGCUCACCUCAGACAGUCCCUCUCUCAGGCUCUCAACCAGAAUGCUGAACUAAGGAGUCGCUUGAACAGAAUACAUUCAGAAUCUGUUAUUUGUGAUCAGGUUGUCAGUGUAAAUAUUAUCCCUAGUCCUGAUGAGACGGGUGAACAAAUUCAUGUCAGUUUGCCACUGUCUCAGCAAGUUCCUAAUGAAAGCCGGCUCUCUAUGUCUGAAUCUGUUUCAGAGUUCUUUGACGCACAGGAAGUGCUUCUGUCUGCCAGCUCAUCAGAAAACGAGGCAUCUGAUGAUGAAUCUUAUAUCAGUGAUGUGAGUGACAAUAUAUCUGAGGACAACACCAGUGUUGCAGACAACAUUUCUCGGCAAAUUCUUAAUGGUGAGUUAACAGGAGGUGCAUUCAGAAAUGGACGGAGGACUUGUCUCCCAGCUCCCAGCCCUGACACCAGUAACAUCAAUCUGUGGAAUAUUUUGAGAAAUAACAUUGGCAAAGAUCUUUCCAAAGUAUCCAUGCCAGUUGAGCUGAAUGAACCUCUGAAUACCUUGCAACAUCUUUGUGAAGAGCUGGAGUACAGUGAGCUCUUGGACAAGGCUGCUGAAACAGAUGAUCCUUAUGAACGCAUGGUUCUCAUCGCUGCCUUUGCAGCAUCAGGCUAUGCCUCUACGUACUUUAGAGCAGGAAGCAAGCCAUUUAACCCAGUGCUUGGUGAAACUUAUGAAUGUAUUAGAGAAGAUAAAGGAUUUCGAUUUUUCUCAGAGCAGGUUAGCCACCAUCCUCCCAUUUCAGCCUGUCACUGUGAAUCGAAAAACUUUGUGUUUUGGCAAGAUAUCAGGUGGAAAAACAAAUUCUGGGGGAAAUCAAUGGAAAUUCUGCCUGUUGGAACCUUGAAUGUGACUCUUCCAAAGUACGGAGAUUACUAUGUCUGGAACAAAGUCACUACUUGCAUACAUAAUAUUCUUAGUGGAAGGAGAUGGAUAGAGCACUAUGGAGAAAUAACUCUCAGAAACACAAAAAGCAGUGUUUGUAUUUGUAAGCUCACGUUUGUCAAGGUGAACUACUGGAAUUCAAAUGUAAAUGAGGUCCAGGGUGUCGUGAUAGAUCAAGAAGGGAAGGUGGUUCACCGCCUUUUUGGGAAGUGGCAUGAAGGCCUCUACUGUGGGGUUGCACCUUCGGCCAAAUGCAUAUGGAGGCCAGGCUCCAUGCCAACCAAUUAUGAGCGUUAUUAUGGCUUCACAAGGUUUGCUAUUGAGCUUAAUGAAUUAGAUCCUUUACUGAAAGAUCUUCUUCCUGCAACAGAUGCACGAUUCAGGCCAGAUCAAAGGCUUCUGGAGGAAGGAAAUGUAGAAGCAGCAGCAUCUGAGAAACAAAGAAUAGAGGAACUCCAGAGAGCUCGGAGGCGGUACAUGGAAGAAAACGGCAUUGAAUACGUACCCAAAUUUUUUAAAAAAGUUAUCGACGCUAAUCAAAGAGAAGCCUGGGUUACCAAUGAAACCUACUGGGAACUGCGAAAGGAUCCCGGCUUUAGUAAAGUAGACAUUCCUGUACUCUGGUAAACUGAGAAUGUAGGCCUAGUAAACAUAUCACUCUGAAGAAAAAAAAUAACUAUGCACAAUAUGUUUCUUAUAGCUAAGCGUGGUUUGUGGGUCUACGGAAAAACCAUAUCAUACGCAUUUAUAUUCAUCUUUAUAAUGGACUUUUGGAAGUGCAUUAGACCAGGCCCCUGACCACUUCUGGACCUUUCUAAUUUUGCAGCAGUCAUCAAAACUAAAAUCUAUUUAAAAAAAAAUAAAAAAAAAAAAGCAAGAAAAAAGAAACAGAAACCUUUUAAAGUUUCAUACACUGAAAAUUCAGAAAUAAAGAAGCAGAUGAGUUAUCCAAAGUCACUCGGAAGAGGUGGUAAGCGCAAAACUGCAACCGGUGCUUUAAACAGACAUUAUGAGUAAUAAGAUUUAAAUGAAAAAAAGAAAAAAAAAAAGAAAGAAAAAGAGAAAAAAAAUCCAUUUUGUUUCAACUAUUUUUGUUAAAAACUCUUGGGUCACAGCACUGUCAUUUCUGGCUUCAGGUUAGUCCUUUGAUGUGAUGUGCUUGGACUGGCCUUUGUCAAAAAGAUAUGCUUUUCUGGAAGCUGUUCCCAUUCAUAUGCCAUUGUUCAUGCCUUAACAAAACAUUAAUAUGUACAUUAAGUAAUUUUAAAAUAUCUAUGCUUAGGCUUGUGUGAAGGGCAGAUUUUUAAAGCUCUAGAAUUUUAUCACAGUAUAAAUACUGGAAGACCUGCAUUAUUUGAAAUCAAAAGAUAACCAAACAUCUUAACUGUAUUUCAGCGGUAUGAGAUCUACUGUACAUGCUUUAGCUUUGGGAUGCUGACUGUAUAAUCAGACUGAAAAGAAACUGCUAGCUGGUCGAUUUUCAAUUUUGGUAAAUGCAUAUGUGUUGCUAGUCAGAAAUUUUAUAUUCUAAAUGACCGAUGCUGAGAUGCAGUCAUCACAUUUAGUACUGGCUGGACAUAGACCUCUCAGUGAAUCUCAUUUUCCCAUACCUGUUUAUACAAUUAGAAACUCCCGAAGCUUUGCAACAGUGUUAAAAGCACAGAAAGAUUUCAUGGGAAGGUCUCUGGCUUCUCUCCAGACCCUGGAGAGUGCUGUAAAUGCAACUGUUUUCUCCCUCACACACUGUUUACUUUCCUGGCUCUGGUUUUUUCCCAUCCACUUUUCCUAUCGAAAUUUAUGUUUGAGAGUAUGGCAGAGGCUCCCACAUGUUAUAGCUAAGAACUUCUACUUGUGUUGCCAAAACAGCUUUUGUGCAUUUCAUAAAGUAGUUCUGUAUUUUUUGAUUAAAAACAAAGUCUCUUAUGUGUUGCUAAGCCUCAGUUAAUAUAAGUGGGAGAAGACUUGGCACUUUCUAUUUGGAAAUCUCGAAACAUUAAACAGUAGGAGGGCAGAUCUUAAUAAAAGAAAAACCAGUAAUUUAUUAGAUAAGAGCUACAUUCCAUAUGGUGUGGUCUAGUCUUCCACUGAUGCACGUGUUAUAUGUCCCACUGCUGAUGAAAGGUUAGAUUUCAUGCACAGACUCUGUAUUCCUUUCUGCCCAUACAUGACAUAAAAUUUUUCUAUUUAAUAUCGAUUCCAGUCCUGAGACCAAAAAUAAACUUACUAGAUAGGUAUGUGAGCUGCCAGCAGAGCUGCUUGACCAGCUGUCAGUGCAUUACCACACAUCCCCAGCUCUGAGCCUGCUUCUUCCUUUUUCAGUGUCAGAUCCCUACGUAACUGAGAUUACUUUGGUUAUUUAAUACUCUUUUUUUCUUCCUAUUGCUUGUAUAGCAAAGUAACUAGCAGGGUAACUAGCUGCUAAUGAGUUCCAAUUUCUUCACACAGUUCUGUUAUCAGAAAGAACAAUGGAAACCUACAGGAAAUAUUAAGUAGACUUUUUAUGAAUUGUGAAUGGUCAUGAAAUUUUUAUAAAAAUUUGGUAUAAAAAUCCCUGUAUAGAUUAAUGGGAUUUCUUCCAAAGAAUGUUAUCUUUCUCUUUCCUAGUUGAACCUAGUCUGAUUUGUUCUUAAUUUAGUUCUGCAAUUGUUAAUAUAAGAAAAUGAAAAUAUAUCAAAGUUGGUUUUUAAAAUAAUAUUUGAUUAAGGUAAUCCUACUUGCUUUAAUAAUGCUACACUAGGAAUCAAACUGGCACAUUGUGUGUAAAAUAGCAAUUAAUUAUUCUAUGUAGUUUUCUUUAAAACCAACUCUAUUAAACAUUUGCCCAUCUUUUGCUCCAGUCUUUGUGUGCAGUUCACCGUGAUAUUAGGAAGUAUUAUGUGUGUAAGACUGCAAGCACAUUUUUGGGACAGAACUUCACGUCCUCAAAUCUUUAAUUUAAAGAGAAAAGGUCUUUAGUUUUACAGCAUUCUGGCAGUGCUCUGAGAAUGCCAUUAUUUGCAAUGCAAAAUGAAACCUGGUGGACACUAAAAAUGCUGUCACUGAAUUGUUUUUUACAACUGUUUAUUUGAAACUCAUUGAAAGAAAAAUAAUGGUAACAUUUUUAAAAUCUAGAAAAUCUGUUAUAUGCUAAAUCUUUUUACUGAAGGCACUUUGUAAGCCAAGUGGAUGUUAAAUUAGUUAAUUAGUAAGUAGAAAAGACACAAAAUGAUGCAACACAAGGUAUUUGCAGUCUAUAUCAGAGAUGAAAAAAUACAAGCAGAUGUACCAUAAAGCAGUUUCUUGUAGUGCAGAAUUCUCUGUAUUCUGUGCAAAAUCUAUUACUGAUUUUUCCUCUAACAUUGGCAGACAUCACGGAAUAUUUUGUGCUGUUUCUAAAGUGGAUAGGUAUGAGGGCUCCUAUCCAAACUAUAAUUUUUACGUUUCACAUCAAUGAGUUAGAGGGGAUGGUGAGUUUUCCUCAUCCCCGGCCCAUGUAGUGCAGAACUGAGUGUCCCAUGCUGCAAAAAGAGUGCACCACUGGCUGUUUGGCAGCCUGGCACCUUUUGUACAUGCCUGCUGGCUUUUGCAGGCCUGCUGCUCAGAGAUCACUUCCCAGCAUGUGGGAUUUUUCUGCUCCAGGAGCAGACUUUUCCACUUCUCUUGAACCUUGUGAAGUGUUUCCUGGCCCAUUCCUCAAGCUGAGCAGUGUCCUUCUGGUUGAAGCUUUGCCACUUGGUAUGCCAUCUCAUCCUCCUAAUCUGAUGUCAUCUGUGAACUAGUUAUCAUGUAGUCUUGUGUCCUUGUCCAGGUCACUGGUGAGGUGCUGAUUGACACGGCCACAGAACACCCCUGUGGGGCUGUCCUCAUUGCUGGCUGCCAGCAGGGCAUAAACCACUGAGCAGUGAGUGCCCUUCAAGCCUGGGAUUCAAGCAGUUUUCAGCCCAACUCACUCCAUUCAUCCAGGCAGUAUUUCCUUUUGGAAGGCGUGAAAUAUGCUACCCAACUCAGUAGAUUUAAUUGCUAUGUGCUUGGUAAGUGUUGAAAAUUAGUGUAAAUCAUUUGACAUGUAAAAAUUUUUAUGCAAUUUAAGAAGUUCUUUCGCUUCAAAGACAUGCUUUUCUCCUGUGUUUUCUCAAACACUUCUGUAUAAAAAUACACAAUACUUAGGCUUUAGUUUCACAGUAAUGAGCUGUACUUUCUAUUAAUAUUUUAAAAGUGUACCUUAAUUUCUUCCUUGUUCUGGUACUUUGGAUAUGAUAGGAUAAUAGUAGCUAUUUUCAUCAAAUGCAAUGUCUUACAAAGAUUUCAAUAGCUUCAUUCUUAUUUUAGAUUAGUAUUAUCAAAAUGGCAGAGUUUUGCCAUAUUAAAAAUUUUUAUCUCACAGGAAAAGAUGAUUGGAGUUGAUUUUCAUGAAGUAUCACUGUGAUUAAAAAGUCAUCUAGACACCCAUUCUAAUCUUAGACAUAUGUAAGUGGCAUGAAAUAAACUUUCUUGUGUUUGGCUUUAAAAGUGCCAUUCCCACUAUAGUAGUCUUUACAUAAUACAAAUAAUGUUACCGUUCUUUUAUCUCCUUUUGAGCUUCUGACUCUGAAUAAGCCUGUGUGGCACCCGUGGGUUUUAUGUGAGUAGCACAUGCCAGGCAUAUGUCAAGUCCUGCAGUGUGUAAACGUGGCACAGUGGUGAAGGAUGUGAUCCUUCAUUCCCUACUGAGCACUGUCAGUGCUUUAUGGAAACAAGCAACACAAACCCUAAGGCAAACUAGGAGCCAGCACUGGUCCUGCUCCCAUGGGCACCUGUGAGCACCCUGCACCUGGGCCAUGUCCUCUGCUCCCCACGGAGGGAAUGGGAUUUUCUCAGCUCUCACCAGUGGAGCCCAGCACAAUUGCAGUCUUGCACUGAGCUUCUCCUCAAAAAAUCAGAAUUUUUAGAAAUGCCUUGGAGAGGAGGAGAGGUUCAUCUGCAAUUGCACAAUCAACAAGAGGGCUGAAUAUCUCCAUUCUCUGUUUUGCAAAACUUUCUCUCACGAGUAAAAGCCUGUUAGUAUAGCAAAGGUUUGUGUGCUCUCCUUAUUCUACAGGAUUUUAGGCAUUGUCUGGUGCAGCAAUAAACAAUAGCUGUUUUCUGUGUGUUGGCUGCAGUUGUAAUCUGAGGAGUGAACAUUUUUAGAUUACAUUAGUAAUGAUGGAGCUGCAUAAUUAAAGCAAAGGAGAGUUUUUCAGAUUUAGUCCAUCUAAGAGUGUAUUUGCAUUCAUAUGCUAGAAUGUUAGGAGGGGUUAAGCUAGGGAGUUUUGGCCACCUGGGGGAAUAACAUUAUUAUUAACAAAAGUGUAUCAGAAGCACUGGAAUGGCCUCACUGGUAACCUUGUGUUAUACACAGACCCAUGAGAGAGCUACGGACAUUUGCUGUGUCAUAACCACUUACCUUGGCAGCUGCUGGGCUGAAAAACCAACCUUGUUUUUUCUUUCUGUCUGUCACUAAGUAACAGUCAUCAAAACAGUGUAAAACUUGAAUUUACACUUCAGGGCAUAUAUUGAUAAUUUCAAAGUAUAUUUAGUAUAAAAAGUAGUAUAAUUUUCUACUUCACCUUUCCUGGUUACCUUUAGGUAAUUCAGGUACCAGUCAGUAUUUUCAUGAAGCAAGAUCUUUUUCUUUUUCGUGGUGAGGGGGUUGUUGUUUUUUCAUGGAAGAAUCUAGACUUUAUUAAUAAGGGUAUGAUUAUUCCUGGUGAGAGUAUCUCCAUAAGCUCCAUUACAACAGGGUCUAGCACCCAGGAUAAUGCUGCAAAUUUGAGUAAGGUCAGAGAGAUUGCACAUUUACAGCAAUUUAUCUUGUUUUUGUAUUAUAUAUUGUAAGGAAUCCUAGAAAUUCAAAAAGCAAAAUUCAAAUACAUUAUUUACUUUUAAACUAGGGUAUGUAGAACCUUUAUUCAUUUGCUUUAAUAUAAAUUACAUAUUUCUUUCAUUAAACUGAAAAGUAUCUUCAUAAAAGAAUUUUUAUACACUUUCUUGGAAGUUUAAAAAGUAAUAUUGAUGUACUUGUGUUUUAUAUACCAGCCUCCUCCUUUAUCAAAUUUUGUGGCAUUAUAAACUCAUCAUGUCUAAUUUUUUUUUUAACUUUCCUUGUAGUGUUUGUCAGAAAAAGAGCCUCAGAAAAGAAAGGAAAGGUAAACUAGUCACAGAAGCUCUGUCAGUAUUAGAUGUUACAAAACAAAGUUUUCUAACCUGUAGGAAUUAAAAUGUCAGCAGAGCUGCUGAAUUCAUUUCAGGUUGGUUAUCUUAAUACCAUUUUUCUUUCCACUGAUCCAUGACAGCGUGAAAAAAAGGAAGAUUGGAGACAUUUGCUCAGAAUUAAUGCUUAUGGGUGAAAGGAAGUUUUUACUCCUAUAAAUAAAAAAUGACUGUAGCCAGCAUUUGGCUGAAGAUGUCUUGGUAACACGGACAAGAAAGAGUUACAUAAUCUGAAGAUAUAAUCAGCAGGUUCUUUCUGACCUAUGAAUAAUUCAUUGAAGUAUGGUAAAGCUACAUAUUGGUACUCCUGGAGCAAUGAUUCAGAUGUCUCCUAUGAAACACUAAAAUGUAUUUUCAUAUUGACUGCUACUUUUAGUGGUCUUCAUUAAUGAAAGAGAAUAUCUUAUGCUAGUAUGUAAUGUUGCUGGCCCAGAACAUCAGGCAUGCAAAAUGAGAAGAGGUGAGGGAAUUCCUUUAGGAACUCAGAAGUGGGUAAAUUCUCUGAGAAUCAAAAUUAUGCGCUCUACAAGAGCAGAACACAGCGGCAAAUAUUCAGCCAGAACUGUUCUUCACUGAGCUACUUGCCUCUGGUGCCAGUCAGUGCAGUAACACACGCAGCCUCUUGUUCUGAAAUUGCAUCUCUCGCUGGGAUUGUGCUUGUGUCCCAAGGGUUGCGUGGUCACGUCUGCCAAGAGUAAUCAGUGGCUGAGUCAGGACUGCAAACUCAGAUUUCUUGUCUAGUAGUCCUGUGCUGAAUGCUCUCUCUUUCUUUGUUAAAGUCACCUGAACAAGGGAUAUUAUAAUAACAUUAACACAGUGAAUAAAGGUUAAUCCUCAGUGUUUUCCAGGGAAAGGAAAAUUCAGGAUAGCGUAUUAACUAUGUGGAAGAAAUACAGAUGAGAUCUUCUAUUAUCCUUGUGUUUGCGUAAUAUUUUAUAAAAUAUUUUGAGACUGGAUCACAAUAAAUGUAUUUAAAUUACUUUAUCACCUAUCUUGAAGUCAAGAUUGAAAAUUGUCGUUCCAAUUUGAGGUUAGAAAAUAAGUUUAUUUAUUUAUUUUUUAAAAGUGCUACCGGUAUUCUUUAGUAGUUGAAAUACGGUAUAACAAAUUGAGAUUGCAGUAAAUUUUAUUUUCUGCUGAGUCUCAGAGAAGGCCUGACUGAGCAAAAACUUAGUGCUGAUGAGUGUAUUUUGGAAUGCAGGCAAAAAUGCAAAAUGACAAAUUCUACCUUAGUGAGUUUUCUUUCUAAUUAGCAAAGACAUUGUUCUUGCUCCUUUUUAAUAAUUUCUAGACUACUUACUUUCAAACAUUUUUUUCCCACACUAAGAAUUAAUCCUAUGGAAUUUGAGUUUUGAAAAGUAAACGGUGUUUGGAAUUCUGCAGACAUGAAGGGUGUUGUUCAUGUUAUGCUAAAUGUCCACUUCUCAGGGUGGACCACCAAAAUUUCACCCUCAGGCCAAAAAAUAAUUAUCAGCGGGCUUUUCCGGUGGGAUUCUUCUUUGUAUAUGGAUUUGUGUCUGUUAUUUACUGUAAAAUAAGUAAGUUGCCAGCAUCUGAUGUCUGAAAUAUUUUUCUUCCCCAGAAUUGCAUAGCAAACUACCUGUUCUUUAUCUAUUACCGCUAGAUUGUCUGAAGGGUUACUUUUAUUUAGCACAUGAAAAACCAUCAUAAAAUGAAAGUACUGUGGUAUCAAGAAAGAUUAUUAUAAUAGUUCAGCACUACUAUGAUAGAUCUUUUAUGUAUAUUUUAUUUUUUGCAACCAGUAGCAAGACUCUUCUCUGUGUCUCUAUCUACUUUUCUUUGUGUAAUUAACUGGUGAUUUAUAACUUCUCAGUAUUUUAACAGCAAAGAAUUCUGUAUUUUACCUCACUUUUGCACAAAGCUAAUAUAGACUGGGAAUAAUGUGACACUUUCUUUGGUGUGACUAGAUCCCAUGCGCACACAUAUGAAAUGUCAUUAAUGCUAAUAUUAUUACCUUGCUCAGAUUCUGAGAAUGCCAUUAGAAGAGUAAGGUUUAGAUUAGUUGUCAUUUUUAUACUGCCUUACUGAGCUUUUUUGCUUUUAACAACCUUUCAGGUGGUAGAUUGCUCUGUGCCAAUUCCUUAGCAGGCCAAAAUGUCAGAACUUAAACAGCUAAAAGAUCAUUCUUUACUGAUUGACAGUAUCCAUGUGCUCAUUCUGAAAAAAAAAAAAAAAAAAAAAAAACCAAGCAAAACAAACUAUAUCUGUUGAUUCCUUGUACAUCUCUUUGGGUAGCUUACCUGUAAAAGGAGAUCCUCAGAGCCUUUCUACUGUGAUUAUGUUAUUAUGUCAGGUACAAAGGCAAACAAAAAUUUGCUUUGUGGUUUUUAAGAUGAAUUUAAAGUCAAAAGGUUACUUUUUAGAAGUAUAACUUAUAGAGCCAGUGCUAUUUUUGAGUAGUGGAUAGAUAAUGUCUGUUUUAAAGGGAAAUAACAGACUGCAAUGAGAAAGGGUCUGAGUUCUUAGAUGCACCAGAUACAUUUUUUUCUGUGCUUGAAAGCAAUAGAAAAAAUUUACUUAAGGGAAAGAAAGACAGUGAGAAGCAUUUAUGUACCUAGCUACCCAAAUGUUGCAGAAUGCAUUGUUUUUUGAGUACUUCAGUAUUAAACCUCACAUGCAGCCUUCCCAGUUUUAUACUCAAAAGUUUGCAGUGGACUUCCAUUAUGAGAUGAUGAAGAAUAGGAUACUGGGAAAAAAAAAAAAAUCAGUACCAUAAUUUCUAAAUAACUCCAAGUAAUAGAAAAUUAAUUUGCAGAUAUUUGUAGUCAAAAUUAUACAAGCUCCUUAUAGUAUCGCAGUUUUUCAAAGCGUAAGUUUGGUCCUUUGUACCAAAGUACAUUCAUUAAUUUAACAUGAAAAAUACUAUUAAUUGUUCUUGAUUGAUUUCCUGCAAAUGCAUUCGUCUGUUCUUGACUAUUCACAAGUUCGGGAUGUCUUCAUGAUGAUUCUUCUUUAUGUCUUAUUGAUUCUGAUUCCAAAUAUGGGCUGAUUAUGCUGUAAAAGCAAUUUUAUUGCUUAUGGUUAGUAAACAUGAGCAGCUGAGGAGCAAUACAGAAAGCAUGUAAUUUGCGUAUUCCAAAUCUAUAGACUUUUAUUUCGCUGCAGGAUUUAAUCAGCAACGCACAUUAGAUUUUUUCCUACUCCAUCUGCUUGGACUCUGACGUUACACAGGCAUCAAUGUACUUAGCAUUAACAUUGCAAACAGUUCUCAUUUAAAUCAGCUUAAAAGAUGUAGAUGCUUAAGUUCAAAUAAAAACACAUUACAGUGACAUUCCUAAGGAAACCAUGUACCGGCUUACCUGGUUACCCUGGGUUUUGUAGCACUUGAUUUCUAAUUCCUACAUGCUGGAACAAAUGAUCACCUACGCAGAGGCUGAGCUGCUGUUGGUACUCCGUUCCCCUUUGAACCCAGUGAGCUUCCAGGUGAGUGGAUGAUCUAGCUGCCCAAAUCUAUCUCAGCUGUAGGCCUACUGUGCAGUCAAGCCUAUGUAUUCAAAUAGUUGCCCUUAAGCUUAAUUUUGAACAUGUGCACGGUGUUGUGGAUGAUAAAAUGUGUGAAGUACAGUCAGUUUGACUGCUUGCCACUCCGAGCAAUAUAUUUGACUUUCCUUUGACUCUCUUGCAUUUUGGAACCUUAUUCUGGAGCUUCUAGUUUUCAAAAGCAAGUUAACUUCAUGUCUCUGCAAAGCUCAAUUAGGUAUGACAUUUGGAAUAAAGAACAGUACAUAAUUCCUCAUAUUAUGUCUCAUUCUGGCAAGCUUAAUUGUAAGAAUAUUUGCAAUCCCUGUUCCUGUUUCCCGAUACCUUCCCCAGGAUGGUGCCAGCCCAGAGCUGAGGGCUGCUAGUACUGUAUGCCAGUCAAAAAAAGGAGUCUGAUCGUUCUGAUUUGUGGAACAGGGGGUGGCAGACUAAGAGCAUGCUCUUAAUCUUAGCCUGGAAAAGGAUGAAUGUGAGAAAGUGCCUCUCUCCAUCUAGGCUUUAGCACAUACAUAGAAUAGCUUUCUUUUGGCCUUUUGAGUUCUCUGGCUACUUCUGAGAUUAAACGUAGCCAGAGAAGAGCAGUAAUAAAACAGUUUUAGGUUUCCAUGUUAUGCAGCUGCGCCACUUAUUCUGUGUCUUUGCACUCGUAAGUUGGUUUUGAACGUACCGUUGUAGUAAUCCCGAGAGCAGAUGAGGCCUCACUCUGACUACCUCUCAUGCAAUAAAACCCAAGCUCACUCAGUAGUUAAUGUUGAUUACAGUUGAGCAUCCUUUGGCCACAUGAUUCAGGGAGGUGGUUGUGGGGGGAAUAGAAAACAAGAAAUAAAAAUAAAGACUUUAUUCCAGUAACGUAUGUGGUAUACACGAUACCCAUAAUACCAGCUUCAACUGAAGGAGGUCCUACAGCUUCUGGUAGGAAAUAAAAAGUGAAUUUGGCUAUGCUAUAGUUUUUGUUGUGCUCUAAAAUGUAACAAAAGAUGUCAUCUGUUUCCUUCAGGCUAAGUCUGAUUUUCCAGGAUAUUGUGUCCGAAACAUACACACAAUUCUAAUUUUUGAGGAAACAUGAUGCUAUUUUACCUGUUGCAGUGUAAUUGGAUAAUGCAUGUACAAAUGACUUGUGUAGCCUGCCAAUGAAUGUUGCUAAUGCCUUACCAAAAGAAAAAAAAAAAAAAAAAAAAGAUAAAGCAUAUUUUUUGUAAUUUUUUUUUCCUCAGAGGCAAAUCCAAACAAUGCUAGAUUUGGGAAACUGUUUACUGAAAAGCAUUUUCUAAUAGAUCUCUGAAGAAGUGCAAUUGUAUAAUUACUAUUGUUCAGUGCAUACAGUACAUUGUCUCCAUCACUCUGUACACUGCUGCUAUUAGUGCUUGUUCUAAUAAAUCUCAAUGUACACUGUUUAAA